CUGCGACAGGUUCGCGACGGCGGGCUUCAGCGCGAACAUGAUCACGUACCUGACGCAGGAGCUGCACCUGCCGCUGGUAGACGCCUCCAACACGCUCACCAACUUCAACGGCACGUCCAGCCUCACGCCCAUCCUCGGCGCGCUCGCCGCCGACUCCUUCGCUGGCCGCUUCUGGAUCAUCAUCGCCGGCUCCGUCUUCUACCAGCUCGGCAUGCUAGGCCUCGUCGCCUCCGCCCUCGUCUCUUCCCUCCGCCCUGGUCCCUGCUCUCCUCCCGCCACUCCGUGCCGCCGCGCCAGCGGGCUGCAGCUCGCCGUGCUCUACCUCUCCCUGCUCUGCACCUCCCUUGGCUCCGGCGGUAUCCGGCCGUGCGUCGUGGUCUUCGGCGCCGACCAGUUCGACCAGCACAAGGAGCAGCAUGGUGAAGCCGAGACAGAGGCGGUGGCGGGGCGGAAGCGGCAGUACUUCAACGUCUACUUCUUCACCAUGGGGUUCGCGGUGCUGCUAGCGCUGACGGUGGUGGUGUACAUACAGGAGAACGUAGGGUGGGGGUGGGGGUUCGGGAUCCCGGCCAUCGCCAUGUUCGUGUCGAUCCUGGUGUUCGUGGUUGGAUACCCGUUAUACGUCCGGCUCAGGCCCGGGGGCAGCCCGUUCACGCGGGUGGCGCAGGUAGUGGCCGCCGCUUACAAGAAGCGGGCCGCUCCGCUGCCGGAGGACCCCGGCAUGCUGUACCAGGACAAAGAGCUCGACGCGCUCAUCUCCACCAACGGCAGCCUCCUGCACACAAACCAGCUCACGUUCUUGGACCGGGCGGCGAUCGUGACGCCGGCGGACACCGCGGGGUCGGGCAGGCUGGACCUAUGGCGUCUGUCCACGGUGCACCGCGUGGAGGAGCUCAAGUCCCUGGUCGGCAUGCUGCCCAUUUGGUCGGCCGGCAUCCUGCUCGUCACCGCGGGCUCGCACAACAACAGCUUCGCCAUCAUGCAAGCGCGCACCAUGGACCGCCACGUCACGCAGCAUUUCCAGAUCCCGCCGGCGACUACGUCGAUCUUCAACACCGUCGCAAUGCUCCUCACCCUGGUCCUCUACGAUCGCGCCUUCGUGCCUCUGGCGCGUCGCUUCACGGGCCUUCCGUCUGGGAUCACCUAUUUCCAGCGCAUGGCCGCCGGCCUCGCCAUCUCCAUCCUCGGUGUCGCCUCGGCGGCGCUCGUGGAGGCCAAGCGGCGCGGCUCCGCCGCCGAGCGCGGGCUCCUGGACACGCCGGCAACCGUGGUGCCGAUGAGCGUGUUCUGGCUGGUGCCGCAAUACGCCAUCCACGGCGUCGCCGAGGGGUUCUCGUCGGUUGCGCACAUGGAGUUCCUGUACGACCAGGCGCCGGAGAGCAUGCGCAGCACCGCCGCAGCGCUCUUCUGGCUCUCCACCUCCCUCGGCAGCUACAUGGGAACGGUGCUCGUCACGGCGGUGCAUAGGGCCACGCGGAGCAGCGGCGAGUGGCUCCAAGACAAUAUCAACAGGGGCAGGCUGGACGCCUACUACUGGCUCGUCACCUGCCUCAUGCUGCUCAACCUUGGCUACUACCUCAUUUGCUUGCGUUUCUACACCAUGAAGCCACUGGAGCUCGCCGAGGACGGUGGCCACGAAAAGGAGUUCGAGCUGUCCUAUGUCCACAAAAAUGGCGGCGGCGGCGCUGUAUAAGAUUAAGAUCAAGCAUAUAUAUAGUGGGUGGGUAUAGUAAUUACGCCAAAUGUUUUUAGUGACUAAUUAAUUAGCUGCAGAUGCGUGCACAGCUGUUGCAAUAUCCAAAUGUUCUUGGAGCUAGCUAGCAUAGUAAAGCAUCCCGUGACAAGAUCCAAUUGUGAAGAUCAUAUCGUUGGUCAUGUCGCGGAAAAGGAAGAUAUCGUGCAGCAGAAAGCAGCCCUGA